AUGCACCUCUGUGACGUCUGCUGUAAGAUGUUCCAGACGCGAGGUCAGCUGAACGCUCACCUGAAGACGCACAGCGAGGAGAAGAUCGUGUGCAGCGUGUGCGGGAAGGCGUUAUCAUCGAGUGCGCACAUGAAGCACGACAUGAGGGUCCACAGCGGAGAGAGACCCUUCAGUGCUACAAGUGUGGACGCACGUACAUCUGUAACGGUCACCUCAGCUUCCACCUCAAGUUCCACUCGGGCGUCAAACCUCACGUGUGUCAGGUGUCGGGAAGCGUUCUUCCGUAAAGAACACCUGAACCAACCACAUGAGGACCCCGAUGGAGAGAAAACCGUACAAGUGCACCCGUGUGUGGGAGAGGCUUCACUCAGAGCCACUCCAUGA